AUGGAAGAAGAAGGAACGAUCACCCGAAACCUACAAAAGGAGCUGGAUGCAGCAGUUCACGACACACCUGGCGUAGAUCCGCCGUCUGACUUGAGGGAGAAGUCAGGAUGCAGCUUGCUCACGCCCGAGAAAGACAGACGGAUUCCCCUCUUUUCAGGAAGCCCUUCUUUCGAAUUUCAAAGCGGUGGAGCUGCUUCAAAGAGACCGGCUACAGCGCCGGCUCCAUCCCCCGAUGAGCGUACGUACACCCGGGGCGAAGUAGAGGCCAUGAUCACUACGGCUAUCCGGAACUACACGCAAAAUUUACCUCAAGACAACCGGCCCAAGAGAGAUCUCAGACGCUCCCAGAAUGAAGGGCGAGCUGAGGAUGAGUGCGAUAGCUAUUCGGAGAAUCGAGGAGGCAACAGUCAUGGCGUUAGAACGGAAGUCGACAGCUUAAGGCGUGAUAUAGAUGAGCUGAAGGCCCUGCGAAGUGGGCCAACGCGAGAUCUCGCGGGAUCUGGCCCUUUCGCCAAGCAUCUCCAUGACGACCCCAUACCGGCUAAUUACCGACCAAUCCUGUUCGAGUAUAACGGCACGUCAGAUCCAGCCGAGCACUUGAGUCGGUUCAAUAACACAGCAUCGCUCCACCAGCUCACGGAGGGGGUGAAGUGUCGCGCCUUCGUCACCACCUUAGCUGGGCCAGCCCAGGCCUGGUUCGGUUUGUUGUUACCAGGGAGUAUACAUUCUUUUGGACAGUUUGCUAAGGCCUUCAUGAAUCAGUUCGCUAGUUCAAAGAAGUGCAAAAAAACCUCCCUGUCAUUGUUCAGCAUUCGCCAGAAGGAGAAGGAAAGCCUCAGGAGUUACAUCAAACGGUUUACCUCAGCCACCCUAGAAGUCCCGACUACCAGUGACGAGGUGCUCAUGGCGGCCCUUUCACAAGGGUUAAGAGAUGACGAGUUUUUCCGAGCUCUAGCGCUGGAGCCAUCACCUGAUUUCGACAAUCUGUUAGAAAGGGCAUCUAGGUUUAUUAACUUAGAAGAGGCCCGCCAGCAGAAGGUGGAAGAAUCUCACCAAACCACAAAUGUGCGGGUCAGCGAAGUAAAGAGAGGCAAGGAGUCCAUGUUACCUCGUAGGGAUGCUAAUAUUCCCAGUCGGAGUAUCGUCCCGGAUGCUAAGGGAUCUCGGUUUCAAUCAUACCAGCCCCUUACAGCUCCUCUAUCCCAGGUACUGUACUCAAUCGAGAAGAGAGCUGAUCUCCGGUGGCCUCGAACCGCUCGCGGAGCCCCCCGGCGAGAUCCCACAUUGGGAACCUUUUGUCGUUUCCAUAAUGAGUAUGGACAUACGACCGACGAUUGUGCACAUUUAAAAGACGAAGUGGAACGUCUCAUCAGAGACAAUAAGAUCGGAGAAUUUGUGAAGAUAGACCCACCUCGUGGGCAAAAGCGUGAGGCUCAGUUCGGGAACCCAGCACGCGUACCACCUCCACCACCGAUGCCAAAAAGGGGAUACAUUCAAAUGAUUUCAGGGGGCCCUACGGGAGGAGAUACCCACCGGGCUAGGAGACGCCACCUCGGUAGCCUUAAGAACCAACGCGAAGUCUGCCAGAUCUCUACACAGAAGAGUCGUCAAUACCCCACCAUAUCAUUUGGUCCUGAAGAUGAAGGAGAUCUAGAUGAUUUCCAUUGCGACCCUCUCCUCAUCACAAUUAACGUUGGCGGGUAUGAUGUUGCUCGCGCCUUCGUUGAUCCAGGAAGUUCAGUCGAUGUUAUAUCCUAUGAGUGCUUCCUGCAAAUGGAACUGGACCUCCCAGUCUUCCCCGUCACCACUCCGAUAUUCGGAUUCACAGGGGGAUCCCUGACACCGAUUGGCCAAGUUAAAAUCCCUGUCACUAUAGGGACGCCACCUCGGACCCGCACGCAAGCUGUUAAUUUUGUCAUCGUGGAAGGAUCGCCGACUUCGUAUAACAUCGUGAUAGGACGACCAAUGUUGCAUACCUUUCGGGCGGUCCCUUCAACUAUUCAUCAGAAGCUCAAGUUUCCAGUCGACGGAAUGGUAGGGGAGGUCAGAGGAGAUCAAACCCAGUCGAGAUCAUGUUAUGUGGAGAUGGUUAAGUUAGCCGAGAAGGGGCGACGUGACACCCUCACCAGAGAAGAUUUGGGGGACGAGAAACGCCCCCGAGUUGACCCCGAAGAUAAGAUUAAUCAUGUACAACCUAUGGACGAAUUGAUGAUGAUCGACCUCGUCCCCGGUAUGAUGAAACAAACCCGGAUAAGCAAGGAUUUAGAACCACCUCUCCGAGACGAACUGAUAGCGUUACUACGAUCUAAUGAAGACAUCUUCGCAUGGCAACCAAGUGACCUAACCGGUAUCUCACCUCGUACUGUGGUGCACAGGCUCAAUUUGCGACCCGAGUGUAGACCCGUCAAACAAAAAAGACGGCACUUCGGUACCGAAAAAGACGAAAUCAGACACAAGGAGGUCCAGCGACUCCUGGACAUCGGACAUAUCAGGGAAAUCCAAUUCCCCACAUGGUUGUCCAACGCAGUUUUAGUGCAAAAAGCCAACGGCCAGUGGCGAAUGUGCAUCGACUUCAGGGACUUAAACAAGGCUUGCCCAAAGGACGAUUAUCCCUUACCUCGCAUAGAUCAACUUGUAGAUGCCACUGCCGGGUGCGAGUUACUUAGCAUGAUGGAUGCUUCGCAAGGAUACCACCAGAUUCCGCUGGACGAAAAGGAUCAGCCGGCAGUAAGUUUUGUUACGGCCACGGGUACUUACUGCUACGUGGUAAUGCCUUUCGGUUUGAAAAAUGCGGGGGCCACGUAUCAGCGAUUGAUGGAUAGAAUGUUUCGGGCUCAACUCGGACGCAACAUCGAAGUCUACGUUGAUGACAUGCUGGUUAAGAGCAAAAGGCGUUAUACGCACCUCGCAGAUCUAGCAGAGACCUUUGCCACCCUUCGUCUAUAUGGAAUGAAAUUGAACCCCGCGAAAUGUGCAUUCGCAGUACAAGCAGGAAAGUUUCUGGGAUAUGUCGUUAAUCGAGAAGGCAUUAAGGUGAACCAGGAUAAGGUUGAGGCCGUGCUCCAGAUGACACCCCCUCGCUCCAUCAAAGAAGUUCAAUCCUUAGCAGGAAAGGUGGUAGCCCUAGCUCGGUUUAUAUCAAGGAUGGCUGAUAAGAGUCUACCUUUCUUUAAAAUAUUGAGGAAAACAGCUCAAUUCGAAUGGAAUAACGAGUGCCAGCUCGCGUUCGAUGCAUUAAAACGAUCCCUCAUUUGUCUGCCGAUCCUUAGCACUCCUGAAAAGGGCGAAACUCUGUUCGUAUACCUAUCGGUAGGCGACGAAUCAAUUAGCUCGGUCUUAUUCAAAGAGGUGGAUAACCAGCAAAAGCCGAUCUACUAUACUAGUAAAAUCCUGACUACGUCGGAAAGCAGAUAUUCUGAAGUCGAAAAAAUAGCGUAUGCUCUGGUCAACCUACUGCGUCAGGACGAAUUGUUAAAUGGGCCAUCGAAUUGGGACAGUACGAGAUCCAGUAUAAAACCCGGCACCUCGGUCAAAGGGCAGGCGCUGGUAGAUUUCAUCCGGGAGACUACUCGAAUACCCAUCGAAAAAGAGUGGAAAAUUUACGUGGAUGGUUCAUCUACAACCUCGGGAGCGGGGGCAGGGAUAAUAGUUAUUGAUCCCACUGGAACAGAAGUCGAGUUUGCCGUUAGGUUACCUCGGGUCUCCAAUAAUGAAGCAGAAUAUGAAGCCUUUAUCCGAGGUAUGGAGAUCGCUCAAGAGCUCGGAGCGCGAGUGGUGCGAAUAUACUCCGACUCUCAAUUGGUAAUACACCAACUCGAAGGGGACUACGAAAUAAAAAACGAAAGAAUGAAGAGUUAUGUAAAUAAAGCCCGAGCUGUACAAGAAACUUUUGAGGUCUGUACCAUGCAUCAAAUUCCGAGAAACGACAACCAGCGAGCUGACUUCCUCGCUAAAGUCGGGUCGUCAGUCGCUGACUGCGUUGAAAGAAAAAUCACUAUUCUCAUUGCCCCUACCCCGAUAUCGGGAGUCAUGUUGAUCGAUGAAGAGCCUGACUGGAGAACACCUCUGUUCAAGUAUUUCAGAGGAGAGCGAACUGGCACAAAAAGGGAACAAAAUCGAUUGGCAUAUAAAGCGAGACACUUUUACGUGCGGCACGAGGUGUUAUAUAAAAGGAAUUUCGCUACAAUCGAUGCGAGAUGUUUAGGAAAGCAGGAGGCUAAACACGUCCUUGACGAAGCACACCGAGGUGGUUGCGGUGAGCACGGAGGAGCUCGGGCCCUCAUACAGAAGUUAUAUCGGGCAGGAUAUUAUUGGCCCGGUAUGAAAGAAGACACACACCGAUACGUUCAACACUGCGCACAAUGCCAAAAAUAUGCCCCACUUAUCCAUAAACCGGGGGAAGAGAUGAUCAUCAUGAGUGCUCCAUGUCCCUUUGCUCAAUGGGGGAUUGACCUAGUGGGACCAUUCCCUCAAACCACUGGCCGGAAAAAGUUCAUCAUUGUUGCGGUAGACUACUUCACUAAAUGGGUCGAAGCUGAGGCCUUAUCAAAAAUAUCAGAGGACGAGGUCAUGCACUUCGUCUGGAAGAAUAUCUGUUGUCGGUUUGGUCUGCCUAGAAGCAUCGUAUCGGACAAUGGCACUCAGUUCAACGGCAAGAAAAUUCGUGCGUGGUGCGAAGAAAUGAAGAUAACACAGAAAUUCGUGGCGGUAGCGCACCCCCAGGCUAAUGGUCAAGUGGAAUCCACAAACCGGACCAUUGUCAACGUCAAAGCAGCUACUGGCGAGACGCCAUUUCGGUUAACCUACGGGACCGAUGCUGUUAUCCCGGUCGAGGUGGCAAUGGACACACUCCGCAUCGCCACAUUUGAUGAAAGGACAAACGAUGAUGCCCUGAGGACACAGCUGGAUGAGGUUUUUGACCUACGAGAAGCGGCGUAUCUGCACAUGGAACGAAGUAAGAACCUGAUCAAGGCUCGAUACGAUCAAGGGGUACGGUCUCGUUCAUUCCAGAUCGGUGAUCUCGUCCUGCGACGAGCUGACGCACUAAAGCACACAGGAAAGUUAGAGGCCAAUUGGGAAGGACCAUACAUGGUCACAAAAUGUUUGGCUGGUGGAGGAUAUGAGCUGGCGGACGAAAUAACAGCCGAAGACUAA